UGUUGCCUCCUUGCCGCCGGCCUCCUGGGGUCCAUCCCAGCUUGCUCUGCUCCUAGCGACCCAGAUUCCUGCCCCGCCUCCGCCCCUCCCGCGCCCGCAGCCGGUGCUGCAGCCGCGGCCACCCUGGUCUAGGCUCUGCGCCGGGGACCGACCUCGUCGAUCGCCGCGGUGGAGCUUGCAGCUGGAACCCUUGGGGAACGCGGAGAUGGAGACCCGACUGCCGCACGCCAGGACCUGCUGAGCUUCUGCCGCCGCUAAAUUCAUCUUACAUUUACUUUGACAAAGGCAAAUUUGGAAGCAAUUACUUGAGAACCAUUUGUAUAACACCUGGAAAAUCAAAACAGGCACAAUGAAGCACUUCCUGAGAAUGCUGAUCCAGGUGUGCCUGUAUUUUUACUGUAAAUUUUUGUGGCGUUGCCUGAAAUUUGUAAUGAGAAAGCUGACUGGAAGAUGUGAACUGCAACGGAUCUGUUACAAUACCAAGCCUGGAGCUUCUAGAACUAUGAAAAUCGAAACAUCAUUGAGGGAUUCAAAAAGUAAGCUACUGCAGACUUCAGUGAGUGUUCAUCCUGAUGCUAUUGAAAAAACUAUAGAAGACAUUAUGGAACUGAAAAAAAUUAACCCUGACAUAAAUCCACAGCUGGGAAUCUCUCUUCAAGCUUGCCUUCUGCAAAUUGUUGGGUACAGAAACCUUAUUGCGGAUGUGGAAAAACUGCGCAGAGAGCCCUAUGACUCUGAUAAUCCCCAACAUGAAGAAAUGCUUUUGAAGUUAUGGAAAUUCUUGAAGCCCAAUACUCCGCUAGAAUCCCGGAUUUCUAAGCAGUGGUGUGAAAUUGGUUUCCAAGGUGAUGAUCCUAAAACAGAUUUUCGAGGAAUGGGACUUUUGGGACUGUACAAUUUGCAGUAUUUUGCAGAAAGGGAUGCUGCAGCAGCACAGCAGGUCCUAUCUGAUUCUCUUCAUCCAAAAUGCAGCAAAUUCAGCAAAGCAGAAUGGGAGAAGAAAAGGAUGGAUAAAGCAAUUGGGUACUCGUUUGCAAUUGUGGGCAUCAAUAUAACUGAUCUGGUAUAUAAUCUACUGGUGAGUGGAGCUCUAAAAACUCAUUUCUACAACAUCGCUCCAGAAGCUCCAACAUUAUCUCACUUCCAGCAAACAUUCUGCUAUUUGAUGCACGAGUUUCAUAAGUUUUGGAUUGAAGAGGACCCCAUGGACAUAAUGGAAUUUAAUCGUGUGCGGGAGAAAUUCCGCAAGAGGAUCAUAAAACAGCUGCAGAAUCCAGACAUGGCAUUGUGCCCACAUUUUGCUGCCUCGGAAGGUUUAAUCAACAUAUAGUCACCCACACUGGUUUUAAUGGAUACCCCAGGACAGUGCCUCAUUAUUGUGUUAGAUCUCUGCUUAGGUCCCAGCUGACACACUGAAUGCACACAGUGAUUGUAUGCAUGCCUGUUAGUACAGUGUCUUCAUAUCUUCGUCAUAAUUACCAGAUCCCCAAAUACCACAAUUUCUGCAGUAUCUGUCAUCCAGUGACUGCUCAUAUUGUGGCAUCAUGCAGUGUUACAUCUUGCUUUGACACCUGGUAUGGAGAGAGUUUUCUAUUUUUUUAAAUUGGCUUCCUCUCCCUCAUAAUUUAGUGUUGAAGAAUUGUAUUUCUCUAGCUGUAUUUUAUAUGUAAAAGAUUUAGCUGAAUUUUGUUCUGUGAAAGCCUUUUAAUUUAUUGAUGUUUCAUGACUAUAGCUGCUAGCUCUUCAAGCCAGGUUCAUGCUUGGACCUCAUUCCAAAAAAGUAUGACUUUAAAAUAAUACAAGCAGACACAUGAUAAGACAAAUCAUUCUUGCAAAUACUGCUGCACUUCAUGAAAAUGUAACGAGGCUAACAAGAAGCAAAUUUAGGUAGGUGCUGGGGUUUUUUGAAGUACCGCAGAAUUAUAUUGUAAUUUACCCCCAGUUGUAAUUGUGGCAUAGUCAUCUGGACAUCAAAUUAUUUUAUUCCCAUAAUUUUACUGGCUUGGAUGCCUAAA